AUGGCUGGCGAAGAUGGUCCACUAGUACCGUCGUCCUCAUCGCACAGACUGCCCACUGUCUCCGCUUCCCAGGCCCUUCAGAACCUCUAUGCUCGCGGCGCCCGCGCAGUAUCGACAGGCAUCUCACAACUUGACAAGGUCCUCUCUGUGCCAAGCCUCCCGGGCCAUGAUGCUCCCGGAGGUUAUUUGCGCGGGAAGGUGACAGAGAUCUUCGGCCCGUCCGGCGUAGGCAAGACAUCAUUUGGGAUACAGGCCGCCGUCUCUGCAUUGCGCGAGGGUCAACAGGUGGUGUGGGUUGACGCUGCCUGUGCACCUCUUGUCAGAGAACGCCUCGAUAGUGUACUCGAGAGCAGCAAAGGAGAUGGACACUCCCGUGAGCCUGGAACCGAUCCGGCGCCAACCUCUACAGGCGUUGGAGAUGAAUUGUGCAGCCGCUUCCAUUACUUCGCAGCGCCAACGCUUGCGCAUCUUCUAGCGCUCUUCGUGCAUUCGCCUGCCUCGUUCCCGCCUCAAGACACGAGCCUUGUCGUUGUGGAUUCGCUCGCGACCCUCGUCGAUAACGCGUACCCCCGCAACCCAGAUGCCCGUAUGGCCAGGGUCAAGACAGAGCAGUCGCGAUGGGCUGCAGGUCGUAGAUUUGCCAUCAUAAAUGAACUGAUCUCAACAUUCGCAAGGUUCGCUGCAACGCACGACAUUGCACUGCUCCUUACAAGCCAGACUAUUACCCGGAUUCGAGGUGCGUCAAGAGCAGUCUUGGUGCCUGCCAUGUCUGGCGUAGAGUGGGAGAACGGCAUUUCCACUCGGUUGGUCCUCUUCAGAGACUGGGCGCCGGGUGAGAGCACGAAGAACAAAUCAGAGGUCGCCCGACUGCGUCGAGCGCGAUUUGUGGGCCUUACAAAGGCCAAUGGUGUAGCCCUGGCAGAAGAAGGUGGUGUGGGCAACGUCGUGGCUUUCACGAUCGAGCAUUCUGGACUUCAGCACUUGAACAUUUCUGCAGACAAUAUCACAGCUCCAGUCACCUCUUCCCCUCAUGCGCGACCGCCUAAAAGGCCUGCAUCAGAGAUUGACGAGGACUCUGGUGAGGAGCCGAACUCUGAUGAGCUCUAUGGUUGGAUAGAAGAUGACGAGGUUGCGGCAGAAGGACUCUUGAUUGAUGAUUUACCUAUCAUUGAUGAGGAUGGCAGAGCAGGAACUUGCCUCGAGGUCGUGACAGAAGGACGCAGCAAGAAGGUAGCACGGACUACAACGGUGUGA